AUGGGUCAGCAGUACUCACGACCAUCUGUCCAGCUCUUCAAAGUGGGACGCACACGCGGGCGUGGAAAAGCUGUUGUCAGCGCCCAAUUCACCAACUCCAAUACCAACUCCGUGUAUUUGUUUCGUUGUGAGGCCUCGGUGCAGACAGUGGUCCGGCCAAUUCGAUGGUUGUUUGAACAGCCAGAACACAGUCUGACAGUUGACGUGGCUAUUCAAGCGACAAACCCUUCCACUGCCAUCUGCCAUGACAGUUGGAAUGAAGGCAGGACAACAGCGGCCGAGGCCUGCGGGACUGAUGAGGCACCGGCGGAGGCAGUCCGCGGCAGACAGCCGCGCACAGACAAUGUGUCUGCACUGUUGGAUGAAAUUAUUCAGAUUUUAGAGAAAGAUGUGAAAGAGAGUAGCGAGAUGUGUAGUGAUUUGCAACAAUACAAGCUUGAGGGCACUGAAGUGAGGCAGCAGUCUCCUGAAAUCCUGCUGCCUGCUUCACAUUCGGCAACUUUGACAGAUGCAGCAGGAGAACGUGAAGUAGAGCAGGACAGUGCGGAUGGGCUGUUUGCUAAUUAUUCCACCUACUCACGUCUGAGCGACAGUCAGGCCAGUUUGAGAGAAUUCGAGGAACCUGAGAAGACCAUGGAAUUGAUGGAGGCUUCCAGUGCACAGCCAUCGAGGGAAAUGCCGGUAGUUCGUGAGAGAGUAGGAUGCCCUACACCAAAGUCAGUCGUUUGCAGUGAAGGCAAAGCUAAGUCGGCUGUUCUACCGUAUGAGAAUAAAUUUUGGAUUGGUUGUGGUACGGACAAUCUGAAGGUCUUCAAGAAUCCGAAGGAUCGUCGCAUAGAGUCAAUUGCACGUCUCAGUGGAUGCCGCAUAAAGUUGAGAGAAAGCAAACGAAGAAAUGCACUGGGUCAAUGGCAGCAAUUGGUUGUUGUUGAAUCGCCAUCGGAGACGGGUCUGAAGAAAUGCACGAAUUUAUUGGAUGAGAAAUUUCCUGCUUUCAGAGCCAGCUUGGGUCGAAUGAAUUGUAAGUUGGACUUCCGGUGAGCACUGUUCAUGCUUGCAUAUGCAUGCAUAUGAGGAGGGUAAUGCGAGCUGAGACGCCAUCUCUCUGUCAUGUCCCGCUCGAGAUUUGAUUGGCCAGCAUCUGACAGCAAUGGAAGUGAGCAAUUAGUAGAUGGAUAAGAAUAAUUCUAAAUAGCAAGCGAAAUUCGGGUUCUGAGUUACUAAUUUGUCUGCAGAUUAGAAGGAAUAGUCGAGUUUCGUUGGGCAGUAAGUGGAAGUCGAUGGCAGACCAAAUCAGAUUCUGGUGGUCGAGGGAAUGAAGGGGGAGAGUGUAUUUCCGCAAAUUUGUAUUGCACUGCAUAUGAAUAUACAGUGGAUGGGACUUAGGGGUAUUCUGAGAGUAAAUCAAACUUGUUAAGUCUGUGUCACUUGUGUUAGGAUUCACUUGGUGUAAUCUAACGGGACACACGUACGAAGAAAGCCUGGUUAACAAAGACUGCACGAAGACUUACUCUUUUCUACGGAACUGCCUGUCGUUUAAUUUCCAGACCAAGUUUAGUAGGCUAUGCCUGGUUUGCGUCCUUACUGCCUGAGAGGACGGAUACAACGCAGGAUGUUACGCAGAACUGUUUGAAUACUGGUAACGGCCAUAUGCACCUCGCGAACUCUUUGCGUCUGUUUGUAUGUCUGCUGUGCUUAACAAUGUAGACCUGCCUCCCACUUUCACUGAAUACUUUUCGCUGAAGCGGUCUAGUCGAGAUCUUUAGCUCCGUGAACGUCUAGUUUUGAAUUGAAAGCUCCGUCCGGUGGACAGGACUGAGUCUGUCGAGUGGCUUGUAGGAAAUUUCGUCAUUUUUGCCUCAGGGUGAAUUCAGGGCAUUAGACGAUUCCUCCACACAGAUCGUGAGUUAGGGAUGCACUACGGAAUCCGUGUACCCACGGACGUCACCGUUGCCGCCGCUAGUCAGUCGACAAGAUGAACAGUCAUAAUACCGUGAGGUAUGCAGUAGAUGUUUUGUUGGACGGACUUCAGCACUCGAACAUGGAACAGUAAUUUAUAAGGGAUUGACAAUGGUCUGGCUUUGAAUAGGAAAGCGUGCUGCAAACAGGUUUGUUAACCUGUGAAGACAGCGGAAUAUUCGCCGAAGAUGCAUAUGCGUAACAAGCGAAAAGGCAAAAAAUGUGAACGCUUCGUACAGAAGUAAUCCAGUUUUCCGAAAUAUGACAGACGCAUUUGUCUCUUUGGGGGAUUAAGAUGUUGCUCUAGAUUGGCAUCAUUUGGAGUUUCACAGGAGCCGGGCAAAUCUCCAUGAAAAUUAAAUUUCUCUUAGCGAUAUGUGCAUUAGUCUAGCCGCUAAAGCUAGCCUACCCGCCUUCGAAAGUUUAGACCAUGUCCACCUAUCUGUUUUUGAAUGUAGAGUCAGAAUACAAAAACUGCGCCAACCAUUGACAUCAGUGCGUCAGAUCUGAUCCAGCCAAAUCUCGAGUGUGUAGGUAAUAUUCGGAGUGAUUGGCAGUGGGUGCAUCCGCAUAACUGAGCUUCCAUGCAUUGCAAGUGAGAGGAGUCGCCGCCAGGAGACCUGCUUCCUGUCGACAACAAUCCCUGAGUACGGCUUUGGAGGCAGGAAAUUUGUCAUGCAACAGCCCAGGCAGUUCCAAAAUGCCGACUGAACAAUCAUCAGUUGCUGUCCGUGGCUCAUUCAUUAAUUCACUCCACCUGCUUUCUAUCAGCCUUAUGAUGCAUUCAUCAGCAGGCAUGAUAAAUCCCGUGGCAGAUCCCUCGGAUUAUUGAAGGCGUUCAGCUCUCCGCCGGAACACCGGUCAAGAUCUCAGCCUCUCUCGGUACAGCAGUCCGUCUAGCCUUGUUUUCCCACAAACGGUGGACCUCGGGUUAGACGCACUUGCUCUCUCAUGACCCGCCGGUCUCUCCACUCAUCGCUGGUCCGUGGCGGUUUCCAUCACUGCAGGUCACCUCUCAACUUCGUCGACUUCUCCCAAACUCACCUCCCUCGCACUAGAUGAUGUGUAGGUCGAAUCAUUAGCGAACAGUCCAUGCACACUGCUGCACUCUACUUCACGCCCUGCUGAUGUAUCUGCACAAGUUGCCGAAUGUGAAGUGAGCGGCAGGAAUUCAGGAGACUUCUGUCUCAUUCGAAUCUCUUCCAGCUUGCAUUGUUGUAAAUCACUCACUAUCUCCUUAUUCUCUUUUUCUCUUUUCUCUAAAAUCUGGAUAAUUUCAUCUGCAUGCUGCGUUGCCAACGCCUCUUAUUACGUGCAUCUACUACGAACUCUCGAACAACAGUGAUGCUUCCAUUUUGAUCAUCAGUCAUAUUGCCGUAGGCCAUGUAUCUGGUCUCUUACAAUCUCCUUAUUCUUUUCAAAAUUUAUUCAUACACUCGAAUAAUUUCAUCGGCAUUCUGUCCUGUCAAUGCCUGUACACGAUCCAUGCUUGCUCCAUGUGUUUAAUAUGAGUUCUAGUUAAGCAGUCAGUCUUUUUUGUCUGGUGUAUCAUCCGUAUUCUUAUGGGCCGUAUGUUCUGUGUAUUUCGAGCUGGCUGGAUCCUUACGUAAGUGUUUGUGCCAGUGGAUUGUAUAUUCAAGCAAGGGGGUAAUAAUAAUUUGGGCUGGCUCUCAAAUAUAUUGUAUGCGGUAGUUCAAGUAAGGGGAAGAGGAGAAAAACGGGGAUGCAACUAGAGUCUUGAGUAUUGAGUAACAGAAAACGUAGGGGUGUGGACCAAAGGGCUUCUGCACAGCCGUACCUUGCACAGCAGUUUUGAAUCGUUCCAAGCUCACAACCGAAAUGCGAGCGUUGUGCUGGAUGUGGAACGUUUCCGUCACUCGAGAGACAAUCCAGGAAAGGCCGUCAUUGGAUUCUUCCAAAGGUCAUCGUUCUGCGUCACACUGAUACAAGAGGUGGGACUUUUCGUCAAGCCACUAUUCCAGAUAACACUUGGAGGUAAUUGGUCUCGGCCUAGCCGGGGAGAGCGUUCACACAAACUGGGAAGAUGGUGGAGGUGGUUGAUUGGAUCCUCCCUUACACAGCGAGGGACUCGGGGGAAAACCUUACCAUGGAGUCUGAAAAUGGCGCGAAACACCAAGUAGGGGGCAGAGAAUUCAAGGCCCGAAUGAAUGUUAAACAGUACCGCUGAACGGUGCUCGAUCCAGUUCUCUGGAUACCCUGUGGCGUGUAAGGGGGUAUUCGGGUGGCGAUGAAACUGCUCGACCAUUUCGUUCGGAGUUGGGUCAUAGAUUUCGGUAAAGCCUGAAAAGGAGGCGAGAUCGGAAGGGGUGCGGCUCAGAUCGUGCAUCGUAGUCAGUAGUUACGGUAAAGUGGCAGCGACGAUGGCACUGAGAAAUGUCUUGGUCACCGUUCUCGCCUCAACAUUCGUCAGUGGAAUGUCUUCGGUCAAUAGAUGAAUCGGUCCACACAGUUGAGAAGUUAUUGACAGCUAUCAAAGAAAAGCGGUGGUAUGUAACAUCGUCGUGGACGUGGUUUGAUCAAGCACUCGGUUAGAAGAAAAUGACGACGGAGCUUUGUCGUGUCGACAGAUCUUGCUCCGAUGAGAGCCGAGGCAGGCCCUUGUCGAAAGUUUUGGUCCAUUGUAUAAGACAGACCAGGCGAGGCUCUCGGACACCAAUUCGACCGUCGCUGAAUUCCAUGGGUGUGAUAGGUCACGCAGGAAGCAGAAGAUGCUUCGGUGUACGGAUGGUAGCACGACGGACGCUGGGAGGUGGCGGGCACACCACAGCGGAUUUUACUGUCAGUUGUAGUCAGAUGGAGGUCGUACAGUUAGGGUGUGUAGACGCACAUGUCAAAGAUGGAACCGGUAAGCCAUUUCAGCGAGAUCGGUCGCCGAUAUGAUAUGCCUAUGACCAUCUGAUGGUCUGGACAGCUUGUCAGCCAUCUCAUUCUGCAAUUCAUAUACGUGACGGAUAUCGGAUGAAAACUGAUACAGUGAGUCAGUUGGGGAAUCUCCCUUGCGUUUCGUUUGUCUGGUUGCGACCGUAAAUCAAAGGAGAGGGGCCUGCAGCUAGCGAAGAUGGCGAAAGCCCUACACUUGAAAUAGUGAUUAACGGACAAGCAGACGAUCUGAAGCUUCUGUCCAGAUGUGCUCUGGCGCUACUGUCCAGGAGACGACACUCUGCAAAGAAAGGCUGGGGAUUGAGUUUUACCUGCGAGGUAUUGUUGAAGAACUGCGCCGACUGCAAUGAUCUGGACAACGCGUCAGCCAUCUCGAUCUGCGAUUCGUUGAUGUGACGGGUAUCGGACGAGAACUGAGGCACUGAGUCAAUUGGGUAAUCUCUCUUGGGAUUCGUUUGUCUGAUUGCGACUAUAAAUAAAAGGAGAGGGGUCUGGCGAAAGCCCUUCCCCCAUGACCCAGGAACCACUAAAAUUGGGAAGGACGAUGGAAUUCAUAAACGACAGCAACAUUCGAAGGGAGGGAUGGAUACCCGUGGAGCCGACUAGGAAUCCGAAGUGCUCGCGGAAGGGAGCGUUGAAAGCCUACUCCAGCCCGUGAAGUUUUUGGCCAUCCGCCACUAUUACGCCGGUCACAUUGUCUGAUUCGAAGCUCGAGCCAUCUCAGGGUUACUCAACUUCAUCCCAUAGACUCCUCCUGUAGAACAACGUCACCUGAUCCCCGAUACAUUGACUUGCAACCACUCAUCUGCCCUCAGUCAUUUGCAGGUAAUGCCGUGUUGAAUGUGAAGUAGUAUUUUCGUAGGGAACAUUUAUAGGAACCGUAGCCCGGUGAGGAAUCUGAGGCCUACAAUUAGGGUUAAAAGUCAUACUGAAAUCAGGCAAACAUGUACGAUUCUGGGGGAAAAAAUUAGGCGAACGACACAAGGAGAAGGCUUUUACUCCAUACUGAAGGGCCGAAGCGAACCUAUGGCGGAGAGUGUGCUUUGGCAUUCAUCAGGGGUCCGCGCCAACCAGUAAGGGCCAGGCGAAUGGUGGGGCCGCUUGAGAUUGGGGGCUAUGAAAAAUCAAUAAACGAUCGAAUGGAUUCUCCAGUGCAGCAGUUGUCCGAUGCGGUGGUUGGAUUAAUCAGGAGUCUGAGUUACAAUGAGGCCUACAGGUAUGGCCCACUCCAUAAAUACCUGACAAGUAAAAACACCAAAAGCGAUGAGAUCAGCUACUGUGCCGGAAACACACUGAUGGCUUCCACGUGAAGCAGGUCCUUAUAAUACCCGCUGCAUUUUCUGCUCCCAAGCCCAUCGCUCUCUGUUGACGAGCAUUCGCGCAGUACUUGUGCGACAAAAAUUCGUCAUUCAUGCGGGCCAUAUACAUGCUAGUUCUCCCGCGCAACACGAAUCCUUCCUAAAAGAGGGUUUUGGAAUUUCUCUAUGGGAGUAUGCGCCCAAAAGACCGCAUUAAUAAAAUGAAGUCGAAAUAGCCUGACCUUCGCACGCUCUUACGCAAGUGAGAUAUAUGCCGUCCAUGCCCCGCUGUGUGAAAUCUUGGUGCUUGUGUUGAGGAGCCAGGUCGUGCACGUGGCGCGCGCGGCCAAGGUCACUAGAUAUAUCAGCCAACGCGCCAAAGCUCCAUACCUGUCAACUGACUGGUUCGAACAAUGGCUGGUAAUAGGAAGUGAAAGUGAGGUAGACAACUUAGAGCAAUUUCAUCGCCAACAACAAUCUGACGCUUUUGAAACUGUGGCUCGGAAGGCUGUCAACUGAUGGACUUCGCAGUCAGCACAGUGUGUGGGGUGAGGGAGUGGUGGUCUAGGAGUCAGGCUGCAAUGGCUCCUUCUCAAUUUGGACUUUAUGACACUCCCAAUCUGUGGCAUCCUAGCCGGGUGUGGCGGCACGCCUGGGGGCGACUUCGGCCGCGCCAGCCACAUGCGUCCUCUCUGACUUCCGGUUUACUUGACUAUGUAUUGACACCGAGCCCAGGCAUGGAAGAGGAAACUAAGGAAGAUGCUACGCAAGCCUACGCUAUGCGUAAACUGACUUACGCGCAAUUCACCUUGCUUGCUUCACAUUUAUGUGGAGCCCACAGUGCAUAUUGUCCUCAACUAUCGUGUGAUUUGGGUGUAGGGGUGUUCAGUUGUGUGUCCACGUGAUGGUCGCAGUAGGUCGCCCACUUGCUUGCAGGUGUAUGCUACACCUAGAGUCCAUUAACUCGCACACAACUUCCACGUGUGGCUCACCGAAGCUGGGCUAUGUCUAGCGUCCACACCCAGGUGGCCGCCUCGACCGACGGGCGAAAUCAGAUGCAAGUGUCCGUGUGUGCCACUCCAUUCACGGAAAUUCUUUUCCCCUCCUAGCACCACUGGUCACACAAAUAAUCGCAUCGCCAUCUCCCGAAUGAGCCUUCGUCAGCGACCCCGUAGGAAUUCCCGAGGUAAGUCGAAUACCGCUUGAUGGUGCUUGCCUGCUCACACUUGCAUUUCCAACACUCAGCAAGCUAUUGACCGGCAGACCGACCCCUUUCCACUUCUUCGCACCUUCCCUUUGUUUCUCACUCUCCAUACUAUCUACUCUGAUAUACAUUCUUUUUCUGUAGCCCUGCAGGAGUCCACAAAUCAAGUGACCACCAGGUAAGCGAAUUGCCGUCCUGAUGAAGACCGUUGUGUUGGAUUUGUCUGCCCACCGUCUACGUUUCAGAAACCAGUUAGUUCGGAGACAGAAGGCAAAUUCUGCUUCCCGUCUUCUAUCCUUCUUCCCUCCGCCCGUCUCCCCCCUCCUUCAAAAUGUCCUAUGGAGGGGGCGACAUGCAAUCACGUAAGCGGCCAAGGUCAAAUCGGGUCGUCCUCUCAUCAAACAGUUGUGGCCCAUAGUAGAGUCCGGCAGCCGUCUGAGAUGUCUCAGCAGCCCUAUUUAAGGAGAGUACUGCUCACCCCCGCAAGGCGGGGUCCUUCGACACCUUCGUCGUCAUUGAACGGGAUCAGGUGCUGAUGUUCAAAGAACAACUCAACGCCGUCUUCCCGGACAUUCAAUUUACGAUGGAAGAGGAGGAAAACAACAAGCUGGCCUUCCUGGAUGUCCUCGUCUGCCGCAAAGAUUGUGGUGGCCUAAAAACCAAAAUGUUCAGGAAAGCGACAACUACGACGCAAAUACUGAACUUCAAUAGCAACCACCCGAUCAGUCACAAACGCAGUUGCGUAAGGGCGCUACACCGGCGCGUUGAGACGCACUUUAGUGAAAUGGAAGACAAGGUUGCUCAAUUAAAAUAUCUUCGACGGGUAAUGAGAGCCAAUGGUUACCCGCGCAACCUUGUCAACCAGUGCGUACGAAAAGGACACCAGAGACCAAAUCCAACCGGCCCCAAAUUUUGGCGGGCUCUUCCGUACGCGAAGAACGUCUCGGAAGCCGUCAGUCGUCUUCUCACUCCACUUGGAGUUGGUGUUGCACAAAGGCCGGAAGCAACCAUUAGGUACCAAGUCAUGAGGCCAAAAGACCCGCUGCCACGGCAGGAAACGUCUGGAGUCGUUUACCGGAUCUGGUGUAGUUGCGGACAAAGCAACUAUCGGAGAAACUGGGAGAUUACUCCGUACGCGAAUUGCCGAUCAUGCAGCAGCAGUGAGGCGGGGAGACGCUAACUCUCAGGUGGCGGCACACUCGACGGGAGCCGGCCAUAUUUUCAAAUCUCAAGAGGCCGAAAUUCUCGCAAGGGGUGACAACCGCGUGAGCCGCGAGCUGCUCGAGUCAUGGUUCUCAGGCCCGCAAUCCAUCAACAAGCACACUGACCUCCCGGUACCCUAUUCCGUACUGCGAUUUUCCCUGGGCAGGAGAAUCAGUCACGUGGGGAGGGCGCGGGCGAGCAAUCAACACGGUGACAGUGAGCCAGUUUGCCGAGCAAUCGUCACACCAGCAUGCAGCACGGAUGAUGAAAUCGCGGCAAUUAACGACUCGGACUAGGACCGGAAAGCCACCACCGCAUCAAUUACGAUCCCAGCGGUGAUCGCGAGAAAUGUUAAUUGCAGUGCACAUACGGUCCCACGGCAGCCACGUGCUAUAAAUAGUGCACUCCUGGUGCCACCAUCACCUUUAUCUGCGAAUGUCUCUGAUGAUGGAUUCGAGUAAGAAUCCGAAACGUCAGGCAAAUAAAUUUCUUGUUCCAGUGAUCGCAUCUUCAUCUUCUGAACAGAAAUCUAUCCCAUCCCCCCGGUCCUCUCUUCCGCCGCCCCACUCGACAGACUCGCACGGUAAGUCCGCUCACCCUGACAGCCUGAAAUGUUCGUUCCCUUUUAGACAAUCCGAGGGACAACUGACCGGAACGGACGACGGCGGUAGUGGCUCGGGAAUUGGCGCGCUACAAGGUGGACACCACUGCACUCAGCGAGACCUGCUUCUCCGAACAAGGCCAACUGGAGGAGGUAGGUGUCGGCCACACCUUCUUCCGGAGCGGUCGCCCCAAAGCAGAGCGACGGGACGCGGGUGUCGCCUUCUCCAUCCGGAACGACAUUGUGGGACGACUGCCCUGUCUGCCGCAGGGCCUCAACGAUCGACUGAUGAGCCUCCGCCUACAUCUUCAAGUAGACAAAUUUGCCACCAUCAUCGGUGUAUUCGCUCCGCCAACGACCAGCCCAGACGCCGCAAGGGACAAAUUCUGCGAGGACCUGCAUGACGUCCUGGCGACUGUGCCGAAGGUGGAUAAGUUGAUUUUCCUUGGUGACUUCAAUGCCCGAGUCGGCACAAACCACGCUGUCGGGAAAGGAGGGUUAGGUUUACAUGAUCCUAACGGCUAAAAUGGCAAUGGCCUGCUCCAUUUACGUCUCAUUCUGACGUGAGAGAAGGGCACCUGGAUGCAUCCUCGAUCGCAUCAGUGACACCUGCUGGAGUAUACCGUCGUCCGGAGGCGGGGCCAGCAGGACAUGCUGGUGACAAAGGCGAUCCCGGGUGCCGACGGGUGGACCGACUAUCGCCUCGUCAUCUCAAAGAUGCGUAUUCGCCUACAGCCUCGCAGGAGACCUCAAGAUAUGCGACCACCGGGUAAACCGUAUGUCGCUUUUUUGUCUUUACCUGCCCACCAAUACCCUUCCAACAAUGAACUAGCUCAAAGGCUUGGCAAACUUCCAAUCGCCGCGGCCGUCAACGAGAACACCUACGUGAAGAAUUGAUGUCAAGUGAGGGACACGGUUCAGUCAACGGCACCGGCUGUCCUCAGUCGCGUACGUAGCCAACGUCGGACUGGUUCAACGAAAAUAACGCCGCCAUCAGUAACCUGCUCGUUGAGAAGAAUCGCCUGCACAAAGCCUACGUCAAACGCCCCACUGAUGACAACAAAGUAGCCUUUCACCGCAGUCGCCGCCUUCUGCAACAGAGGCUGCGGGAAAUGCGGGACGCCUGAGCGGCUCGCAAGGCCAAAGAGGUCGAAGGAUACGCGGACCGCAACGAAUGGAAGAACAUCUUCGCCGCGAUCAGGGCUGUCUACGGUCCAAAAUCCAAAGCUGUCUGCGGUCCGCUGACCAAAGGCACCGCUCCUCUUCUCAGCGCCGACGGAACUACCCUACUCAGUGAGAAGACGCAAAUUCUGCAGCGAUGGGCCGAGCACUUCGGAGGCGUGCUCAACUGUCCCUCGACCAUCUCCGACGCCGCCAUCGCCCGUCUACCUCAAGUGGAGACCGAAGCCGACCCCGACUUCGCGCCCUCUUUCCACGAAACCAUCAGGGCCGUGCAGCAGCUCUCCAGCGGUAAAGCGCCUGGAUUGGACGCGAUCACUGCUGAGAUCUACAAGCACAGUAGCCCCCAACCUAUGGAUCACCUCAAAGCGUUCUUCUAG